ACCACAUGACGUAGUGGGCGUAUUUAAGCCCCUGGCGCGAGAUCCUCAGAAAAGAGAAAAAGCAGUUUGAAGAACGAGGCGCGGCUCAUCAACGGUCUCUGGAAAUGAGUUUCAGUGGAAAGCUAAAACACAGCCAGCAGAUGUCUAAUGAGAAUAUUAAGAGCUUUUUCACAUCAUCUCAAAGGGCAAUGGGACCCCCCAGGCAAACCCUACAGGUCCUCCAACCCUCAGCAGUCAACAAAGACUUGGGAAGGUCAGCUCAGAUGGGGAAGGUCAUUCCCAAACGAAAACAGUGGAGCUCAGAACAAUCUAGAGGACCAAAGAGGGUGAAGGUAGAAGUCAAAUCCACACAAACAGAAGAAACUCAGUGUUUGACAGAUGGCAUGUCCAAUGAAGCAUAUGAACUUAUGGUCAAAGAAACGCCCCCUUCCACCUACUGGAAAGAGGUAGCUGAGGAGCGUCGGAAGGCCUUGUACAAUGUUCUACAGGAGAAUGAGAAGUUACACAAAGACAUUGAAGCCAAAGACGAACAGAUAACAACGCUUAAGUGUGAAAAUGAAGAGCUGCAGGAGCUGGCACAACAUGUACAGUACAUGGCUGAUAUGAUUGAGAGGCUGACUGGGAAGAGCCCAGACAAUCUGGAGGAGCUGAGGGAUAUUGCCCUUGAUGUAGAGGCCGAGUAUGACUACCACAGUGAAGUGGAAGGUCAGAGUGAGGAAGAUGAUUCUGAUUACAGUCAGAGUGACGCAGAGGAAGAAGAGACCUCAGACCAUGAACAAGCUGGACCCUCAGGAGAGCAAGAUUAACUGACAGCUCUUUGACGUCAUGGGACUUCGACCUGCUUAUACAGGCCAGCAGAUUUUGGGCUAAUGUGGCGUUUUGGUUUUUUCGGCAGCAACAAAAGCAAUGGCUUUCAAAGAAAUUCCAUGUUCAAACUUCACUUUUUUUUUUUUUUUUUUUUUUGAAACAACUGAAAUGUCAUGUUUGCGCCUUGAACGGACAGGCUGGCUUUAUUUUUAGCUUUUGCUAUACUUGUCCUACUUGGAGUAAAGAGGUAUUCAAAACUAAGCCAGCAAAGGCAAUUUUGUUCCACAGCAGACACUGACAUGUCAUAGUAGGAAAAGGACAGUGUAAAUAACAAAUUAAUGGCUGAAUUUCACUUAGUUGCUUCAGUUUCAGGGUCCUGGCAUUAUGCAUGCUGGGUGACUGUCUGACGGUGAUGGCUUACUGGGAAAGUUGAGUAGAACAGAGCCACUGUUAAUGUCUUCAGUAAUGUUAGAGCACAAGGAGUUCCGGGGGAAACGUCUCUCCUGCUUUUCCAGCUUCUUACAAGCUGUAACAUACAGAGUAAUCCGUUGCCAUGCUGUAGCUUGACUUGUCUCCUGCAGCAUUUAACUUGAUGGGGGUUGGCGCGGCGCUUAACAUCCCCUUGCAUGUAACCAAACCCAUAAAGACUAUUCUUUGUCAGAUUGUUUGUAAAACCAAAAUGAACCCCUCAGCCCUCUCACCUUGACUGUCAACCAUCUGUAGAAAAAUGACCCAUGUGAUGUAGCACUUGUCCUAUGAGAAGUCAAAAUGUGUGCUGUGGAAAGACUCGGAGGUGAAUUUUAUUUAUUUGCUCCAGUGAUAGUCCUACAUUCACUGUCUGGGUUUACAAUGUAAAACGUGCAAUGUUACAUCAGUUGUGUACAUAGUGUCUAAAUUUUUUUUUAAAAAAUGUUUUGUCUUGUAGCAAGAGGAUUUCAGGCCUAUAAAUCUUGUUGCUUAGUGACAUGUUGACUGGCUGUACCCACCAUGCGGAGUAGUUGACACCCCUCUGAAUGCAUUGACCCAAAACAUUGUGUAAGCAACAAUUCUACUUCUGGGAUCCAUUCAUUAAACGUGGCUAAAAGUG